AUGUCCAUUCAUACCGACGAGGAUAAGAACCGCCCCGAUGAUGAGAAGGUCAUGGACGAUGUUCACGACGCCUCAGCAGUCGAAGCGGAAGCAGAGUAUGGCGAUGAGGAGUACAGGAAACUGUUGAAGAAGCUCGACUGGUACUUGAUGCCUAGUAAUGGCGUGCAGUAUUGUGACAAGCAAAGUAUAUCUACCAGCACUCUCUUCGGCCUCGUGGAGGACAAUGGUCUUCAUGGUCAACAGACUGCAUGGUUAUCCACCAUCUUCUAUCUGGCUUAUUUGGCAUUCGAAUUUCCAAUGAACUACAUCAUGCAGAAGGUUAACCUCGGCAGAUUCUUGGCUGCUAUCGUUUUUGUGUGGGGUGCCAUGGUCAUGCUGUUGGCUGCUUGUCACAACUUUGCUGGUCUGAUGGUCCUCCGUACCUUCAUCGGAGCCCUCGAGUCCUGCAUCUCUCCCGGGUUUCUCCUGAUUGUCGCUUCCUGGUACAAGCGCCAGGAGCAUGGAACUCGCUCAAUGAUAUGGAUGGCACAGAAUGGUUUCUUCUCCAUCUUCAUCGGCCUCAUCACAUACGGCAUCGGCUCUGCUACAGACAAACACAACACCAUCGCCCCAUGGAGAGCCAUCAACCUGUUCCUUGGCGGCAUGACUGUGGCAUGGUCCAUCGUCCUCUUCCUCUUCCUCGGUACACCUAGCGAAGUACGAUGGCUCAAUGUCGAAGAGAAGAAGAUGGCUGCUGCCCGUAUCGUGUCCAAUCAGAGUCGUGGUAGCGACAAGUCUGAGUGGGAGUGGGAUCAGGUCAAAGAAGCGUUCCUCGACCCCCAAGUUUGGUUCUACUUUUUCAUUUCAUUUUUGGCCAACAUCCCCAAUGGUGGUUACGGUGUAUUCGGGUCUCUUGUCACCAAGUCUUUCGGCUUUACCUCCCUUCAAGUCAUCCUUCUCAAUAUGCCUGGCGGCGCGAUCGGCGGCAGUUUCAACAUCAUCUCUGGCUACCUCUCCUCCAAGUGGCGCAACACACGAACAUACUUCAUGGCUUUCUCCAUGAUCGCCGGAUGCGCCGGUCUCCUGGUCGCUGCUCUCCUCCCUAGCGAGCAAGAGUAUCGCUGGAAGCGAUGGGGCGGUCUCCUCACCAUGUCGAUCUACUCAACGGCCACCUUCAUGGGCUGGUCUAUGCUUCCCAGUAAUGUUGCUGGAAAUACCAAGCGAUCUACCGCCAGUGCUAUGAGUUUUGUAGCUUACGCUGUUGCCAACGCCUGUGGCUCUCAGCUUUACAAGGACAAAGACGCGCCUCUUUACCGCCCGGGUCUUAUUGGAAGCGCUAUCUGCUUCGGCUUGACCUUCGUCGCUAUCUUCAUGCUGAGGUUCUACUAUAUGUGGGUCAACGCAAAGAGGGACAAGUUGGCCAAAGAGUCUGGCUUGUCUGAAGAGGAAAUGGAGAGGCAGGGAAAGAUUAAUGGAGAAAAUGGGAUGACGGAUCUUCAGAACCCUCAUUUCAGGUAUACAUAUUAA